AUGAAGCUCACUACCAUCAUUAGCACUGUUGCAUUUGCUGUACCAAAGUUCGCGUUCGCGCAAUUAUCGAAUUUCGAUGACUGGGAACACGAGCGCAUCCAGCUUGACGACGUCUCGAUCCACUUUCGAUACCACGGCGAAGGACCGCCCGUCUUGCUCGUGCAUGGCUUUCCCCAGCACUCGUUGACGUGGCAUACCAUCGGACCCAUCCUAGCGCAAAACUACACGGUAAUCGCCCCAGACAUCCGCGGAUGUGGCGACUCGUCCAUUACCACUUCCAAGAACUACACCGCUGCAGCCGCGGGCGCAGAUCUCAAAGCCAUUCUAGACUACCUCAACAUCUCAUCCACAUACGUCUUUGCGCACGACAAAGGUGUGGGGCUAGCGACGUCUCUCGCUAUCGAACAUUCUUCGCUCGUCAAAGCCAUUAUUCUUGCCGAAUACGUUCUCCCAGGAUAUGGAUAUCCUUUGACCGUUCAGAGUCCUAGCUUGUACCAAAACUGGCAGCUCGCAUUCUUUGCCGUGCCCGAUGCAGCCGGAUUCUUCAUUCGAGAUCGCGAGAAACAGAUGUUGAGCUGGUAUUUCUUUCACGCGAGUUAUGCCGGUACGGCGGCGGUGAGUGAAGACCAUCUGCAGCGGUAUACGAAUGAGAUCUCGAAGCCGGGAUUUCUGAGGAGCGGUAUGGAAUACUUCGCGGCGGCGUGGGAGGAUGAAGCGUACUUUACUUCCGUGUUUAGCAGUGGGCAUAGGUUGCAGAUGCCGUUGUUGGCAUUGGGUGGUGAGGCGAGCUUUGGGCCUGUGUCGCUCUUGGAAGAAGUUUGGUUGCAGGUUGGCGAUGAUGUUGUCGCUGAGUUAAUUCCAAAGGCUGGGCACUGGAUUGGCGACGAGAAUCCAAGCUGGACUGGUAAUCGCGCCUUGCGCUUCUUCGAGGCAGCCGGGGAGGUGAGCAGCAUUGAUCUGUCCUAUCUCAAAGACCUAGUGACUCUGCAAGGUGGUACCAUCUGA